GUUAAUGGGUUGCUUGAAACUUGUCGGUGGGCGCCUAAACAAAUUUCUUUAGCAAAGAAAGGUCCUAGUUGGAGAACUUCAUUAGUUUCUCACCAUCCUCCUUCUCUCUACCCCUAGAUACAAAGCAGAGAAGAGAAGAAUCAAGAAUGUCAGCACCUUUCUCACGUUUUACGAAUUUCAGACCGAUUUCAAGGCUUUUCAGGCAGGUAGAGCAAGAAAUGGAGACUGUAGUAGGGGUACUGCAACCAGGACCUUUGGGUAUUAUUGAACACAAGUUCUCCGCAGAAGAAGUACGUCAAGCAAAGUCCGCAGUUGAGAAAGCUGUAGAGAAUUGGAAGAGGAAUGUUUACUUGGAGAAGAGUAACCCAAUCAUGAAGGAUUAUAUUGAUAUAUGAAAAUAGGUUCUUAACUUCUUAUCUGUUAGCUUUUUCCCCCUUUUCUCUGGAUUUAAUUACAUGUUUUAUAUGAAACGCAUGGAAUGGUGCUGUCAAAUAUCUGCUCUACAGUUUGUGAUAUUUGAUAGUAUUAUUUGGACUCAUAGUUGCUUGAAAAUAUUUUUGUUCUUCAUCUUCAUCUUGGU